AUGAGUCUGAACUUCGAUGGAAGCGACCCAAAGGGAUCAAACAAGACAAGAGAAAGGGACGCCGACCGACGAAUUGCUGCGGCUAAUCGCUUGAACAAAAUUCAAGAGCGACUUGCGGCGACCGAGGAGCAAAAUUCCGCCCUGAAGUUGAUGUUACAGGACCUCACUGAGUGCGGAGACGAGGAGCUGCAUGAAUACCUGACUGCUCGUAGGAAGUGCAUCCUUGAAAAAAUCCAAAAUUCACCUGCAAAAGUCCGUUUGGCAUCGGCCACAGCUUCUGCGAAUGAAUCUGCGACUUUGGAUCCUGACGAUCAAGCAAGAUUGGAUCCUUUUGGUACUCCGGAUCGUUUGGAAGCGGCGCCGAGUUCUCUUCAUGAAGAUAUGGGUGAGGGCAGCGGCCCCUUUGACUCUCACCAAGCCUUUCAGACACCCUUGGGCCCUCGACGCACUUUGUUGUCUUCGCUUGCGGACAGGGACAACAUCAAUCCUGCCUUGUUGUAA